AUGAUGUCCUCCGCCAACGAAGAGGAUCCCUUCCUCCAAGUUCAACAAGACGUCCUCGCCCAGCUAGACUCAACCAGACCCCUAUUCACAUCCUACCUCCGCAUCCGCUCCCUCUCAACCUCCCCAACCUCCCCCGAACUCGCCUCCGCCCGCGCCGACCUCGAAUCCGCCCUCGCCUCCCUAGCCGAAGACCUUGCCGACCUCGUCGAGUCCGUCAAGGCCGUCGAAUCCGACCCCACAGCCUUUGGCCUCUCCGGCCCAGAAAUCACGCGGCGCAAGAGGCUAGUCCAAGAUGUCGGCGGCGAAGUGGAAGACAUGCGCGAGGAGCUCGCCAAAAAGCUCGGCGCAGCAACAGCGGCAGGAGGCAAGGGCAAAUCCUCAGCCGCAAACUCGGACCUCCCCGAUCCGAGCUCCUUCGCCAUAGGCGACGGCCACCACGGAGACCACGACGACGACGACGACGACUACGCGGCCGAGUUCGAGCAGCAGCAGCAGCUCGAGAUGAUGCGCGAGCAGGACGGCCACCUGGACGGCGUGUUCCGCACCGUGGGCAACCUGCGGCGGCAGGCGGACGACAUGGGCCGCGAGCUCGAGGAGCAGAGGGAGAUGCUCGAGGUCGUGGACGGCGUCGCGGACCGCGUGGGCGGGCGGCUGCAGACGGGCGUGGCGAAGCUACAGUACGUGAUGCGGCACAACGAGGACCGGCUGAGUAGCUGCUGCAUCGCCGUGCUCAUUUUUGUGCUGAUCUUGUUGCUUAUUUUGUUGUUGAUUUUGUAA